GUACUGUACAGUUACCCAGGAGACCUCUAGGCGGACAAUUUUGUUAUGGUGGUGACGUCGUAAAACAUAACAUGCUAGUUUGAGUCUACUGUACACCCGAUACUGUAGACGUAUCAUCGACAAGAAGCACUGGAAUUACAAAAAGUUUUAAAACAACACUAAAACUAUUUGUAGUUGAGAAGGAAAUCUAUGACGGAGACGUAACCCAUCGAGUUAUGUGGCAUUAUUUAACACGUUCAGAUCUUAUACGAUACAUAUUUUCUUUGUUUACAAGUAACUGUAGUCUGCGUGAAGACCAAGCCCAGCCAGCCGAAGUUGUCAGUAGUGCUGCUCCCUUCUGAGUCAUGAACUGAAGCAAAUCUGCCGGUAACGUUAGCAGCAAAGCUAACAAGACGUCGAACACGCGAGUGCCUGUUCAUUUGUUCUUCCUUACAGGGUUCCCUUAAUACCCAUCUACCUCUGAUUUUUCACUACUUCACUGCACUGCCACCCAUCUCUCAUUGCCUGAAGCCAUGGCUGCUAACAGGAACGCUUUGGCCCUUCACAAAGUGAUAAUGGUGGGCAGCGGUGGCGUGGGCAAGUCAGCACUAACACUGCAAUUCAUGUAUGAUGAGUUUGUGGAAGACUAUGAGCCCACCAAAGCUGACAGCUACAGAAAAAAGGUGGUUCUGGAUGGAGAGGAGGUCCAGAUCGACAUCCUCGACACAGCAGGACAGGAGGACUACGCUGCCAUUCGGGACAACUACUUCCGCAGUGGAGAGGGAUUUCUCUGCAUGUUCUCCAUCACAGAAUCUGAAUCCUUUGCUGCUACUGCUGAUUUCAGAGAACAGAUCCUUCGGGUGAAGGAGGAGGAGAACGUACCUUUCCUGCUGGUGGGAAAUAAGUCAGACUUGGAGGACCGACGGCAAGUCGGAGUGGAGGAGGCCAAGGCCAGAGCAGAUCAGUGGGCAGUCAGCUACGUCGAGACUUCUGCCAAAACCCGUGCCAACGUAGAUAAGGUGUUUUUUGAUCUCAUGCGUGAAAUCAGAGCCAGAAAAAUGGAAGAUGGCAAAGAGAAAAAUGGGAAAAAGAGGAAAAGUUUGGCAACGAGAAUUCGAGAAAGAUGUUGCAUUUUAUAAUGACUGGGUCACACUAUAACGCUAACAUCUCUUCUCUACCCUUCCACUGCUUCCAAAAAAAUCCAUCAGGUUUCAUAACACUCCAGGCAAAAAUGUUGGAGAUCAUAGGCUACAGCCUGUGUCUGUUUCUCGUUGUUGUUUCUCAAUGGGUAUAAAAGGGCAGAAUAUCAGAUAUGCAUUAAAAUGACAAAAGGUGUCAAAGGUCUUACAUAUCAGAUAAGAACAUUUCUCAGCUCAAGCACACCAUAACUACUAUAAUAAUUUUAACUUGUAACUAGAUUCUGUUCACUUUAGUUGCUUUUAGUUGAAUGUGAGUACAUUGAGAGCUAAACACUAACACUAGGAAAAAUAAUACUACUCCGAACUAUUUGUUAGCAAGUUCACAGUGUGUUUUGAGGAUUUAAACCUCCUGUUCUGUUUUACUUCUUAAGGUAAAGCCUUAAUAUUAGAGUAUACAAAAAUGUUGGGUGUUAAGCCGCAUAAAUGCUUUUAGGUAAUUUUCAAAAAGAAAAUUAUAGCUAUAUAUCUUUGCCUAACAUAGGCAAUGCUACAUAUUUCCCAAGCAAAUAUACAAAUUAUUAAAAAUAUCUAGCCUAAUAAAUUCAGGAAUCAAUGGAAUUUAUUCUUAAUUGGCUUUUUACCAAAACCUUUCUUUGAAUUCAAAGUUUAAAAUGUAAAAGCCCAUGCAUUUCAGAAAAGUUGGCACUGUCCAUUAUUUCAUUUUAUUAUCCCAAGUCUAAUAGUGCACCAAACUCGUUCCCAAUCUCUCCUUUAAACACAUAUACAUAAAAUAUUUGUAGUCAAAAGGGCUUAUUCACUCAUCCCUGUGUGUGUGGCACCAGAUUUAGAGGUUUGUUUUGUGCCAUCUAGGGGUCCCAAAUAACACAGAUUUUACUAUUUAGAAAUGAAAGCGUCAUCUAGCUUGAGUUGACUUUACUGUGAAAACAGGUUGGAAUGUUUUAUUACACAGACUGAAUUGUGUACUUUAUCAUAACUUGUAUGCAACUGAAUAUUUCUUGCUACGUUUAUCCUUUUUACAUUUUCUAUUGUAAAUUAAAAUUUUCUGAAUUUUGUUCUUUUAAGGGGAAGAGAAUAUUGUGAAAUCAUACUCGCUCAUACUAAAACUAAGAAACGCUAAGGGCUGGACACAAUCUGCAUUUCAGACACCUGGUCCUGCUGGCUGGAGUAAAAAAAGAAUUGUCACCCUUUGAUGAAUGGUUUUGAAUAAGCACAUCCAUGUGUAAAUACAUGUGAGGUUGACAGUUUAUUUCCACAUUACUAUUUUGUAUUCUUUUGCAGCUAAAACUACACUUUCUUUUAAAUGCUAACUCUGCCACUGUCUUUACCCAAAUCUUUGUGUGCACUGUGGCAUAUGCAAGUUUUUCUUUCCCUCUGUUUAAUCAGUCAUAGUGGGUUACUAUUCCUCAACAAGCUCUUGAUUGGUCUGUUUGUGUGGUAAG